GAGUAUGAUUCGCAAAGCAGUGUUAACACUUCGUUGCAAAGUUGGAUUAGUUGGUUUUGUACAUUGCCAGGCAACGAAUUCUAUGUAGAAGUACCUGAGGAAUUCAUCGAAGACGACUUUAACCUGACGGGACUGUCAUCGGUGGUGCCUUAUUAUAACGAAGCCUUGGAAAUGAUUCUCGAUAUUGAAACAGAAGAGAAAGACUCUCAGCAGGGCCAGGAAGAUCCAGACGAGGAGAAAGACCUCACCAUUGAACCUUACGCAGCGAUGCUGUAUGGCCUGAUUCACCAGCGAUAUUUACUGACGCGGCAUGGUCAGCGCAUUAUGGCACAACGAUUUGCCGAAGAACAGUUUGGCACUUGUCCGCGCGUGUUCUGCGAUAACUGUCCUGUGAUUCCUUGUGGCCGAUACGAUCAAGUGGGAAAAGAGAGCGUGCGGCUGUACUGCCCGUCGUGCAUGGAUCUCUAUCACUCGCCAAACGAUAUACACGUUGGUGUGGAUGGUGCCCAUUUCGGAACGACGUAUGCCCAUCUGAUGUUUCAAGCGUUCAGUGAACUCAUCCCCAUUGACCAUACCCGCAUUUAUGAACCGCGUAUUUUCGGUUUCCGAAUCAACGAACGAUCUCCAUCGGGACCUCGCAUGCAAUGGCUAAGAAUGCGACCG